UGUAUACAAACGAGAGCAGAAGAUAACAUUGAGAGAAAAAUUCAAGUUAGAAAUAUAUAGAUUUCUCUAUACUGGAGCUUCUUUUUCAUGCAGUAUGGAGGAGAAGGUGGAGAAGAAAAGUCCAGUCAAGAUUCGUAAAGUGUUAAGGCCGAGCACAGAUGAGAAUUACUGGGACUGUAGUGUGUGUACGUACAGAAAUGGAGCCGAAGCCUUUAAAUGUGCGAUGUGCGAUGUUAGAAAGGGAACUUCAACAAGGAAACCAAAACUUAAUUCUCAGUUAGUAGCUCAGCAAGUUGCUCAACAGUUUGUUACAUCACCUCCUCCCUUAAAAAAGGCUGUGACUAAAAGACCAUUUAAAAAAUUAAGGCCUCGACUCAAAAACAUUGACAGAAGCAGUGCACAGCACAUGGCCGUCACCGUAGGAAACAUCACUGUGAUUAUAACAGAUUAUAAACUUUUAAAACCUGAAAAUUCACCCUCUGUCACACCAGACAGGAAUUCACCCAGACCACUGUCAGAAGAUGGCACAGACCCAGGGCCAUCUCUUGGUUCUGAAUUUACAAGUAAUGGAUUAAAUAAUCAGGAUGACAGCUCCUGACAAAAGAAUGAUUUUUAUAUUGGUACAGUAAUUAUUAGGAACAAUUUGUAUUUUUUGUGUCAUUAGAGGGGAUCAAGAAUCUUUUUCUGUCUUUUAUGAUUUCUGCUAAACAAAAUCCCCUUCAAAAGCUGUUGGUAAGACAGUCAGUGCUCUUUAUACAGACACCUCUGUCAGAGGUGCUUUCACCUCAAGAAAGAACAGUAAAGAUGGUGCUGCCAUUUCAAUGUUCAAUUUGUCAAAACAGUUUGGAAUUGAGACACAAAGUGGUCUCUCAGGUGCCUGUUUUACAGAGAAUCGACGUAACGUCUCUUUCUAACAAGUCUCAAAGAACACUGCAUGUGUGCAUCAGUGUAUUCUUGCUGGCUAAAAAAAACUUGCUUUGUGCCUAGCAGGAGAGCAAGCCUGUUUUCAAAAUGUAAUCACCCAAAUCAGAGUAAUAGUUAAUUAACUCAGUUUUUAUGUGCUUUUGAUUAGCAAUGAAAGAUUUAAAUUACACUUUGCUUUCUUUCUUUCAUGUCGUAUGUUUUGUUUGUUGUCAUCAGUAAAAACUAUUGAAAAGGUGGGUAUGACAGCUAUUUACCAUAUAGAUAGGAAAUGAUUCAUAAAAUAACUGAGAGAUCAGAAAAUGGUAGAGAAAGAAACAUUGAUUCAAACUUUAGGUGCUGAUCUAAAGAAAACAAUGAAAGAUUUCAAAUAUUCUUUUUUAAAAAAUUUUCUUACAUUUCUCAAUUAUUAGGAUGUUACUAAUUUGUUGGUGUAGCUCUAUUUGUUUAGUUCAUGGGGUAAUAUGAAACUUGUGUGAAGGCUUUUGCCUGUAAAUAACUGGCAUUACAGUACAUUAAAUAACAUUUUUACAAUUUUUUCUCAGACCUCAGUUCUCUUCCCAUAUUAAGUUGUCAAAGUCAAUGAUGGCCAUACAAACUUAAAAACAAUUAAACAAAUGAUCAUAAUUGUCAUCAAGUCUUGGUGUGCUCAUUUCUUUACCUUUAAUCAAUCCUUUGCAUAAAUAAAAAAAGAAACUGUAUAAACAUAUUUUGGGGAGAAGUAUGUACUAUAAAUAUGGAGGGAAAGUGUGUACUAGACUACAAGUAGUCCCUUCUUUUCAGCAAUGUCUGUUGAGCCAGUAAAAGAAAAACAGGGAAAAAAUUAAUGUUAGCGUGCCAUGGGAAGUUCUUGGAGUGACCUCGAUGCACUGCAGGAGCUCCAUGAGUGAGGCUACUUUUCAAAUGCCUCACUCAUGUAGCUCACAUCAUGGACUUUGCUAAAGUGAAGGACUGCUUGUAGUUGAAGUGUCUUGGUGUGUACAUACAGAAGGACUGUGAGAGGGGUAGUGUUCUUGGACACACUGAUGAAAAAGCAAGAACAAAGUAAUGCAAAGAAGACUGAAGAGAAUAUAGUCCACAAUGCUUUUCUUAGAGCCUUUCAUUGCUCUUUCACACCUAGUGCUUUAUACAUUGGGUCGGAAUUCAGUAUUUGACCUGUUGCUUUACAGGAAAAAUAAUAUUCUACGUUAGACUAAACUUCUUACCAAUAGUAGUAACCUGUGCCUCAUUUAUCACACUAUUAUUA